AUUCUGUAGCGGGAUUAUUCUUCCGAGUACCUUGUCUACAUAUAUGCAUUCAAAUCGCAUAUAACGUUAGUCUACAGAGAUAUCCACCUCCGUCGCUCCUAUGACUUGUCGAAUGUUGCAGAUCCAAAAACAGCGGUUAAAAUCCAUGAGUCUACCUAGUUAACCUGGUUAGAAUGCCCGUCUAGAACAUUAGAGGGACGAAUGUCGAAUAUAUUAUGCCACUACGGAUAUAUGGUAUAUAAAGCUACCAUUUCUACUCAUAUUAUCUCUCAGCCAGUCCGAUUAUCUAUUACUUACUCCCAACGAAGUACAACAUGCGACCUAUAACUUGUUCAUUCGAUCCCGUUGGGAUUCCAUUCACUUCGAACACCAAAUACGAAAGCUUUGAGUUCUUAAAGGACGGAAUUUCUAAUACUGUUCCUGGUCUCGAAAAUUGCGAUGUUUUUGAUCCGCGCUCUAUAGGAGUUCCAUGGCCAACAUUAAUACCUGCAGUAGCACAGUGCAAGCAUUGGAGAGAAGCAGAGGAGGUAGCAGAAACUCUGAUGGAUCAGAUUGUCUCUGCGGCACCAGGAGAACAGGGGUCCUUGCCGGCAGAGUUUACCAAUUCGAGCUUGAAAGGGGCUAAGCAACGGGAACUCCUCGAUACCUGUGUUGCGGCCGCAAUAAACAUGUUUCCUGCAGCGAACGCGGCUCGGGCGAGACUAAUGGUUAAAGCAACAUUGCUUACUUUCAUGCACGACGAUGUAGUUGAAUCUACGGAGCAAUCUACAAUCAUCGAUGAUGCCCUCGCUGACAUUGUUGGCCACGAAGAAAAGAGUACAGAAAUCUUGUGGAAAAACAGGAUAUUUAAAGAAUUUACACUGGAAUGCAUACAAGAGGACCCCGUUGUCGGGCCACUAUUCGUGAAGGGCAUGUUGAGCUGGGUACAACAUACACGCGAUAACCUGCCCGGAUCUAUGACAUUUAAGUCUUUAAACGACUAUAUUGACUAUCGCAUUGGCGACUUAGGUGUUGACUUUUGCAAUGCAGCUAUAAUGUUGACAUGCGAGAUUUUCGUCUCUCCGUCCGAGAUGGAGCCCCUUGCAACCUUACAUCACCUAUACAUGACACACUUCUCAUUAGCAAACGAUUUAUACUCGUACGAUAAGGAGGUCUACGCCAUGAAAAAACAUGGCGCUGCACUGAUCAACGGCGUCAGAGUUCUAGAACUUCUUCUCAGUACUUCACCUCGAUCAGCGAAGGUCCUUCUCCGAGCAUAUCUUUGGGACCUCGAGUUUCAAAUCAACGAAGAGCUUGCACGACUCUCGGACUGCGGCCUUUCUUAUAACCAAUGGCGAUUUGCUCGUGGAAUGGUAGAAGUGAUUGCAGGAAACCUAUUUUACUCCUCGACUUGUUUGCGGUACGCAAAACCGUCGUUGAAAGGGAUAUAAGAUAUACUAGAGUUGAGACUAGGAAAGCAGCAGCAGGUUGGCUGGACCAAAUAUAGAGUAUAGAAGAAAAUAUUCUGAUAUAAAGCCAAAAGCUGCCAACCCACUUUCCCGUUCGCU